AUGAAUAUGGCCCGUUGCAUGAUAUUUGCGUCAGGAUUGCCACUCAAUUUCUGGGGUGACGCGGUUGAAUAUGCUGCUUAUAUUUUGAACCGGGCCCCUACAAAUUCGAAUGCUGAGCGAAUGUCACCGAUGAAGGUGCUGACGGACCAGACUCCGUCGCUAGGUGAAAUUGUCGUUUUUGGAUCACCAUGUACAGUGUACAGAGAUCCUAAGAAGAAGAAUUUUGCUCCUAGAGGACAAAAAGGGAUUAUCAUUGGCAUUGGUGAAGAAACCAAAGGGUAUCGUGUAUACCUGCCGAAGGAUAAAGUGGUUGUUGUCUCGCAGCAUGUUCAAAAUAUUGAGACACUGAACAAGACCCAGAACAAGCAAGUUCAAGAAUUGUAUCUGCAGAAUCCUACUAGUCUGGAAGAUAAUGACUCCGCGCGAGAUCAAGUUCAGGAGGGAGGUAAUACCAGAUAUCAAGAUCUGGAGGAGGCGACGAGUCGUAAGGACCAGACACAGAAUAUGGAGAAAAGGACUCCGUGGACAAGAAAGAAGAAGGUUGUGACAAGAUCGGCGAGCAAGAAUAAACGGUCAAGCCAGGGACAAAGAACUGAGAGUUCAGCCAUGGAUACUGACGUUGUCAAUGUUGUCACAACAUCUGACCCGAGAAACUUUGGUGAAGCUAUGCGUAGCAGUCACAAGGAAGGAUGGAUGAAGGCAAUUUCUGAAGAAUUGCAAGCCUUGGAGAACAAUGGAGUUUGGAGUAUUGUGAAGGCUCCAAAAAGAUAUUCGAGCACUUCACUCGAAGUGGGUUUUUAA